CGCCUUUGGUACAACUUGAAGGUUGGAGCAAUACCCUUGAACUUGCAUUUUGUCUUUUUUACAGUGGACGCGACUCGUCAUAAUUUUGCUUGACCUCCUCACAACCUCUUUGAGAAGUCGCCCACAGCAUGGCAGCAAAUCGCCCUUCAGCAGACCGCACAGCAACUGGCGACAGCGUCCCUGCACUCAACACCAAUGCCGACGGCUCAUCCGAGCUCGCGCAAGUAGUGGACGAGCUCCUUACUCAACUCAAUACCAAGUUCAGCACCGUGAGCUCAGAGCUACUCGCCAAAAUGGAUGACAUGUCCCGACGCCUAGACAACCUCGAAGCUACGAUACAGAGCGGAGAUGGUGGAAAAGGAUCAGGAUCGGGAAAAUGA